AUGGUUCGAUUUAUAUGCAUCGCAGGGCUGGCGCUACGUGCUUCAUACUACGGAAGACUUCAUAAAGUACCAACAAGACUGACCUGUCAACGUGAAGAGACGUCACAGGAGGAGGAACAGGCAAAGAAGAAUCAGAAGCAGGAGAAAAGCGACAACCAAAUUCCGCAGAAAGAACAUGAGUGGAGACGAGGUCACGGAGAGAAUGAGACGCACAACGAAGCACAUGCCACAGGCCAAGAACACCUUGAUGAUGAGAGCGAAGGGAGGGAGAAAGAUCAGGAACAACGCCCGCAGGACAAGUAUUCGCCACUGGAACUCUCUUUGUUGCGCCUGUUACAGUCGGAGAGCAAUUACAUGAAGACGCUAAAAGAGAACGAUGGCAAGGUCGAGUCACUCGGCGAUUUAGCAAAAGAGCAGGAGAUGUCCAUUAAUGAAGAUGACCAAUUCACUCCCGACAACUGGAUCCCCCGAUCUUCCCACCUCAUCCGCCUCACAGGUAAGCAUCCGCUCAACGGCGAGCCAGAACUGCAAGCCCUCUACGAAGCGGGUCUAAUCACCCCAAAUUCACUGCAUUUUGUUCGCAACCAUGGUCCUGUGCCCCAUCUGCUCUGGGAAACUCACCAACUUGAGGUGGAGGGCGGAAAGCUGGUCUCAUUGACGGACGAUCUCGCAAACAACUACGAAGCUAUCAACAUUGCAGUGGCAUUGGCAUGCGACGGCAACCGGAGGAAAGAGUUAAAUAUGAUAAGACGCUUGAAAUGUUUCAAUUGGGGGGCUGGAGCCAUUAGCUGCGCGUUUUGGAAAGGCCCCCUCCUACGGGAUGUGCUUCUCGCCGCUAGCAUCCAGGACCCUGAUCCACGCCAUGUAAAGCGUCCACGUGCUGAUGAGCUCAGAGAGGGCAGGCAUGUGACGUCCAUUCCAUUAGCAUAUGUAAUGGACUCUCAAAACGACGUCAUUUUGGCAUACGAAAUGAACAACGUGCGACUGCCAGCAGACCACGUUUAUCCAUCCCCGGCUAUUGUCGGUGGCCGUUGUGUCAAAUGGCUCCAGAGGGUCUGGGUCUCUGACAAGGAGAAGGAUAGCUAUUUUCAUAUUUGGGACAACAGGGUUCUGCCUAGUUUUAUUCGGGAUAAAGACUCAGAGUUCUCGCACACCAUGUUCCAUCACCCAAGCACGGCCUGCAACGAACAGAACCUAAACUCAAUUAUCGUGAAACCUGGACAUGGCGAGGCGAUCCCUUUGUUUGAUGUGAAUAAAAUUCGGACUUAUCGUAUAGCAGGCAUUGCAUACGAUGGUAGCAGUCAUGAAGUCCAGAGGGUGGAAGUGAGUCUUGACGGUGGGGAAACUUGGUUGUACUGUGGUUCGCAAGGUGAGCCUACCCAUUCAUCGGUGCAAGUGUUGCGCCAGUUCAUGAUCGACGACAAACAACAUCAUUUCCGCAAUGUCAGUCUUAUCUUGGGAGGAUCCGGUAUCACACCCGGAUACCAGCUUAUCUCACGUAUCAUACGUGCCAACGAUCAAGGUGUGGAAGAGGGCAAGACCAAUCUUAAGGUCAUCAAUGCGAAGAAGACCGAAGACGAUAUACUAUUGAGGGAUGAAUUGGAUAGAUUUGCAGAAGACCAUCCAGAGCAAUUCAAGAUCGCUCAUGUUCUUUCACACCCAGGUGAUAGUUGGAGAGGGGAGAAUGGCCAUGUGUCCAAGGACAUUCUACAGAAGUAUGCAUUUGGACCUGAGAAAGGAAAUCUGGUGCUGCUUUGUGGUCCUCCGGCUAUGAUUCAGGAGGCUGUGCUUCCGGCGCUUCGGGAGAUUGGAUACAAGGAGGAUGGAAAUCUGUUUGGAUUCUAA